UAAGUUAGCUUCUGGCCCGGCCCGUUUGUUUUGCUGUCCGGUUUCGUCUCGCCGUCGUCUCCAGCGGCCCGGACAGCGAGCCGGAGACGGUAGCCAUCUCAAUCUCAACCGCGCUUCCUCUCUCUACCACCGCGCAGUUGGUAGGAGCGACAUCGAUUCCGGCGAUCACCGAUGCGGCGGCCUGCGGCGAGUGUCUCUGUAGGACUGAAGCUACAGUCCGUGCCAAAGAAGGCCAAAGAGAUGAUGCACUUUUCUAGAGAUCAGCUGAUGGGUUUGGCAUUUGUUGCAUUUGGCAUCAUACUAUUUGUGGGUUUCUUCUACGCCGCUGUUGUGUCCAAAAUGCUUCCGCCUUACGAGAACUGGCUUCUAUCUGCCAUCCAAAAUGACAGGUAUUACUGCCUACUCGUGCCCUUGACACUUCCUGUGAUAAUUGUCGCUGUCUAUCUGCAUUGGCUAAGCAUGAAGAUGUUCAAGCAUGCGUGAAGAACUGCACAUUUGUCUUGCAGAAGAAGCCAGUUUUCAAGCAUAAAUUGAUGGCAACUUACUAAAUUGACCUCAUAGUGUCACUACUAGGUAUUAAAAUGAGCACACUUAUGUUUAGAAGGUGUAGUUCUUAUAUGAUUUUUCUUUCUUAAUGGUGAAAUUCCUGACCUCUCGUUUAAAUAGAUACUUGGUUUAUAGAUAGAUUUCUAUGUGUCUUGUGCAUAUGCUUAUGCCCUGUGUACCAUAUCUCCUGUAUUGACCCUACAGAUGUGCUAGCAUAGUUUUGUGCUGUCAACACAAACAGACGUUUCUUUUUAUGUAGAAACUCUUCUCUUGUUCCUUUGGUGUGUCACUUCGUUUUAUUCUUUGCUGAUGUUACUUAGUAGCAUUGCUCGCAUCUUGAAGCUGGAAAGGCAAUGCUAUGGCGUUUUUAUAACCCUUUUUGCAUAACCGCAGAUGGCUAACUCUGUUCUCUAUUUCUAUAUCUUCCCUAUCUAUAUAUUAUCUAUUUGGUGUUUACCUUCUUGUUGCAUACCCUUAGGUAGUCCUUUCUGGUUGCAUACCCUUAGGGAGAGGAGACGAUGAUGAUGAGGAUGGAAAUGUCUCUGUAGUAGUUAUGAAUGUUAUUUUUCUUGGACAGUUAUCUAUGGGACCAUGGGUAUCCAUCUAUGGAUAAUUUUAUAAAGAUGCCAUUGUCCAACCUAAGCUUAUCCAUCUAUGGGACCAUUGCCUACUACUCAAUUAAACUGAUGAAUUAAAUGAUCAAAUGAAGAAAGGACGACUAAUCAAUUCUAUUGAGGCUAGUGCUUCCUUCUGGCCUUGUUCCUUCGUUGUCCAUCACCAUCAUUUUUAUUUAUAUGCCUGAAGGAUUUAGGUAUUUUCUUGUUUCUUUAUGGACUUCCUGCAUUUACAUCUGUAUGUAAUACAAUCCAAACAUUGAAUCUUUUAGAUGUGUGAUAUCUUGCAUCUUGUUUUUUAA